AUUUAAAGCUGCAACACUUCAAAAAAGGUCUUGUUUGCAGACUUUGUCUUGGAGCUCACAGGGAAGAAACAUAAACUGAUAGCUUAAUGGUGCUAAGAAGAUCCUAACAAAAAGGAGAGCCACAUGUCUAUUAAGUAGACAUUAUGAAUUUAAUACAGAAAAGGAAUUUAAUAACUUUUACACUUUUAAUAGGGCACUUUCUAGCUGUGCAAACUCAAGAUGAAGAAAGUGGAGAAGUUGAAGGCAUUGUCUGCAAACAGGGUGAUAAAAUUUACAUGAAUCAAGAUGUUUGGAAACCCUCCCCAUGUCAAAUUUGUGUAUGCGAUGGUGGUGCCAUCUUGUGUGAUGAAGUUCCAUGCCCAGAUGUUGUAGGAUGUGAGAAUCCUGAAGUCCCUCCUGGAGAAUGUUGUCCAGUCUGUAGAGGCUCAUCUGGUGGUCACACAAAUAGCCAAGGUAGAGGAGUAAAGGGCCAAAAAGGUGAACCUGGUGAUGUUCCUUCUGUGUCUGGAAUUCGAGGACGCCCAGGACCUGCUGGACCGCCAGGCUCUCAAGGACCAAGAGGAGAAAGAGGCCCAAAGGGUAAACCUGGUUCAAGGGGUCCUGCUGGAAUUGAUGGAGAACCUGGUAUUCCUGGUCAGCCUGGUGACCCUGGCCCUCCUGGACACCCUUCCAUUCCUGGAACUCAUCCUCUGUCUCAUGUGCAAGGUGGAUUUGAUGAGAAAUCUGGGCUUGGGUCUCAAGUUGGUCUGAUGCCUGGUUCAGUGGGACAAGUUGGACCAAGAGGUCCACAGGGUCUACCAGGCAACCCGGGUGGCAUGGGACCUCCUGGCCCACCAGGAGAACCAGGUGAAUCAGGAAAUAUGGGUCCCGUUGGUCCACGAGGGCCUGAAGGACCUCCAGGAAAGCCAGGAGAAGAUGGUGAAGCAGGAAGGGCGGGACAAACAGGUGAAACAGGAUUCCCAGGGUCUGCAGGAGGCAGAGGAUUUCCUGGUGCCCCAGGACUCCCAGGAAUCAAAGGACAUAGAGGUCAUAAAGGACUGGAAGGCCCAAAAGGAGAGCUUGGAGCAGCUGGAGCAAAGGGUGAAUCGGGUCCUACUGGUCCAAUGGGUCUAAAUGGCCCACCGGGACCAAGAGGAAUGCCAGGAGAAAGAGGGCGUAUUGGACCUCAAGGUACACCUGGAGCAAGAGGUGCCAAUGGACUUGUGGGACUUGCUGGGCCAGUGGGUCCAAUAGGCUUAAGUGGUGCUGCAGGAUUUCCUGGUGCUCCUGGUAUGAAGGGUGAAGCUGGUCCAACAGGUGCACGUGGUCCUGAAGGUCCUCAAGGUUCAAGAGGUGAAACAGGUCCCCAGGGUCCUGCUGGAUCACAAGGUCUCCCGGGCACAGCAGGGACUGAUGGAAGUGCUGGAGCCAAAGGACCAACUGGAGGUCCCGGUGUUGCAGGUCCACAUGGGCUUAUAGGACCACCUGGAUCUCCUGGACCUCAAGGAAGUACUGGAGCACCUGGAAUCCGAGGCUCAGUGGGUGAUCCAGGUGUCCCUGGUUUUAAAGGGGAAGCAGGACCAAAAGGUGAACCUGGUCCACAUGGUCCACAAGGUGCAAUAGGUCCACAAGGAGAAGAAGGCAAAAGAGGUCCCCGUGGAGACCCAGGCUCACAAGGCCCUCCAGGACCAGUUGGAGAAAGGGGUGCCCCAGGUAAUCGUGGGUUUCCUGGAUCAGAUGGACUCCCUGGACCUAAGGGUGCACAAGGAGAGCGAGGAGUAGCAGGAGUUUCAGGCCCUAAAGGAGCUACUGGAGACCCUGGUCGUCUUGGAGAACCUGGUCUUCCUGGUGCUAGAGGUCUGACUGGAAAUCCUGGAGUCCCAGGUCCAGAAGGCAAACCAGGACCAUUGGGAGCUCCUGGAGAAGAUGGGCGCACUGGUCCACCUGGUCCAAUUGGAAUUCGUGGUGAAACUGGAACUAUGGGGCCUGCUGGUCCAAAAGGCAACAGUGGAGAUCCUGGAAAGCCAGGAGAACAAGGCAGUGCAGGAGUACCUGGACAAAGAGGAGCUCCAGGAAAAGAUGGUGAAGUUGGUCCUUCUGGUCCUGCUGGCCCACCUGGACCUGCUGGUGAAAGAGGUGAACAAGGUCCUCCUGGGCCUACUGGAUUUCAGGGUUUACCAGGUCCACCUGGGCCUCCUGGAGAAACAGGAAAGCCAGGAGAUGAAGGAGUUCCUGGAGAUUCUGGUGCUGCAGGCCCACUUGGUCCAAGGGGAGAACGUGGUAAUCCUGGCGAAAGAGGAGAACCUGGGGCUUCAGGACUACCAGGUGAAAAGGGAAUGGCUGGUGGUCAUGGACCUGAUGGACCAAAGGGAAGUCCUGGUCCAGCUGGCACUCCUGGUGAUGUAGGACCUCCUGGUCUUCAAGGUAUGCCUGGCGAAAGAGGCAUUGCAGGAACCCCAGGUCCGAAAGGUGACAGAGGAGGUAUGGGGGAAAAAGGUGCUGAAGGAACCCCUGGUAAUGAUGGUGCAAGAGGUCUUCCAGGACCUCUUGGUCCUGCUGGUUCUGCAGGUCCUGCUGGUGAAAAGGGUGAACCAGGACCAAGGGGAGUUAUAGGACCAGUUGGAUCACGUGGAACUCCUGGUUCUCGAGGUGAAAAUGGUCCAACCGGUUCUGUUGGCUUUGCUGGACCACCAGGACCUGAUGGACAACCUGGUGUAAAAGGAGAGCCUGGAGAGCCUGGUCAAAAGGGUGAUGCUGGAUCUCCAGGUCCACAAGGUCUUUCAGGAUCUCCUGGUCCUCCUGGACCUCACGGUGUGCCAGGACUAAAGGGUGGUAGAGGAACACAAGGGCCUCCUGGAGCAACAGGAUUCCCUGGAUCUGCUGGAAGAGUUGGGCCACCUGGUUCUGCUGGAGCUGUUGGUCCUCCCGGUCCUAUUGGUGAACCAGGAAAGGAAGGUCCCCCAGGUCUACGUGGUGAGCCUGGCGCACAUGGUAGAAUUGGAGACAGAGGUCCUGCUGGCCCAGGGGGUAGUCCUGGUGAUAAAGGAGAUCCUGGAGAUGAUGGACAAUCGGGACCUGAUGGCCCGCCUGGUCCAUCUGGAACAACUGGUCAGAGGGGUAUAGUUGGCAUGCCCGGUCAGAGGGGAGAAAGAGGCAUGCCUGGACUUCCAGGUCCAGCUGGAUCUCCUGGAAAACCAGGUCCUACUGGUUCCCCUGGAGAUAAAGGCCCAUCUGGUCCUAUUGGUCUUCCUGGUGCUAAUGGUCCUGUUGGUGAACCAGGUGCAGAGGGUCCACAUGGAAAUGACGGUGCACCUGGACGUGAUGGAGCUCUGGGAAAGCGCGGAGAUCGUGGUGAUCCAGGACCUGAGGGUCUUGCUGGAGCUCAAGGUGCUCCAGGAACACCAGGACCAGUCGGUGCUUCAGGGGAAGCUGGGCCAAGAGGUGAACCAGGUUCUCGUGGACCAAUGGGUCCCUCUGGAAGAGCUGGAAAACGUGGCUUGCCGGGACCACAAGGACCUCAAGGUGAUAAAGGUGACAAUGGUGAACGUGGAGAAAGAGGACAAAAGGGACAUAGAGGUUUCACUGGUUUGCAAGGGCUACCAGGUCCCCCUGGUCCUAUCGGUGAUCAAGGAGCUACUGGACUUCCUGGACCUUUUGGUCCUAGAGGACCUCCUGGUCCAGUUGGACCUCCUGGUAGGGAGGGUAGUCAAGGAUCUUCUGGACCCAUUGGACCUCCUGGUGUUCGAGGUACUGUUGGAGAAGCUGGCCCUGAGGGUCCUACUGGUGACCCUGGUCCACCUGGUCCUCCUGGUCCUCCAGGACUUCUCACAGCUGCCCUGGAUGAUUUAAUAGGUGGCUAUGAUGAUACCAUGCCAGAUCCACUUCCAGAAUUUACUGAUGAUGAAGCUCAAGGGGAUGCUAAAAAGAAUGAUCCAGGGGUUCAAGCAACACUUAAGUCACUUAGUAGCCAAAUUGAAACAAUGCGUAGUCCUGAUGGCUCCAAGAAGAAUCCAGCUCGUACAUGUGAUGAUUUAAAACUUUGUCAUCCUACAAAGAGAAGUGGAGAAUAUUGGAUAGAUCCAAAUCAAGGAUGUUCAGAAGAUGCUAUAAAAGUUUUCUGUAAUAUGGAAACUGGAGAGACUUGUAUAUCUGCAAAUCCUUCCAAGAUACCUAUUAAAACUUGGUGGACUGGCAGAAGUGGAGAUAAUUUCAAGCCCAUAUGGUAUGGAGUGGAUAUGAACAGAGGAUCUCAGUUUGUCUACGGGGAAAGUGAUUCGCCAAAUACAGCUGUGACUCAAAUGACCUUUUUGCGUCUUUUAUCAAAAGAGGCUUCACAAAAUAUUACUUAUUAUUGUAAAAAUGCAGUGGGAUACUUAGAUGAAAGAAAUCAGAAUUUAAAGAAAGCCGUAAUACUCAAAGGUGCUAAUGAUCUUGAUAUUAGAGCAGAAGGAAACAGCCGCUUCAGGUACACAGUUUUGGAAGACACUUGUUCGAAGCGCAGUGGGAGCGUUGGCAAAACUGUGUUUGAGUACAGGACCCAGAAUGUGAAACGUUUACCCAUUAUUGAUAUUGCUCCUGUGGAUGUUGGAGGUGCAGACCAAGAGUUUGGAGUUGACAUUGGGCCAGUUUGCUUUUUGUAAAUCACACAAGGAAACAACAAACAAAGGAACUUAAACUGACUGAAGUUAUCCUGUGACUCUUGAAAACUAAAGCUGGCUUUGCACCAGCACUGUACAUACAGUGAUCCGUUAGUUUCCUUUUUUUUUUUACUAACUUCUUGGCCUUUCUUCAAAAUAUUUAUUUUCCAUUUUUAAGUCAUCUUAAGAGCAUAAAUAUAAUGAAUGAAUCAAUACUUUUCAUAGAGUUCACUAUAUCUGCUCUUCUCAGAAUAAAUCAACCAAAUUGAGAAAUGUAGGGUCAUAAUAAUUGUGGUUCCCUGUGUAUGCCAAGUGCCUUAAAGGUUUAAAACAACAGCUUUUUCCUGUUUGAUGAACUUCGUCUUUAGAACAUUGUGGGAAUAAUACAUCAAGCUUUCUAAAUUUGUCAUGGUUACUUUUAGCAUUAUGAUAUAAGCUAAAGUGACAAAAAUGUAGUUCUAAAAGUAGAUAAUUUAUGUGGAUUGACUUAUUAUAUUCAGUUUAAAUUACAGCUUGAAACUUUUUUACUUAAGUGCCAUUGGCUGUAUAUAUUGACUACAGAUUGGUAAAUAAAAGUUUGAUACUGAGUUCAGAUUCUAAGCUACAUAAAUGUAUCCAUAAACACCUGUAUUGUUGGUGAAAAGUUUACAAACUUCCAAAGCUUGAUGGAUUUCCGAUUUUGAUCCUAUUUUAAGUUGACUGUUAUUUUACAGAUUUUUUUUUUAUAUGAAUUAUUUUUAGAUGUUCUUUGGACUACAAAGAGCAUAAGACAAAAUAUUUAUUUACAAGGUAUAAAGACAAUAUAUGGUUUGUUGUUUUUAAGUCUUAAUUACAUCAGUAGCAUGUAACAAACUGCAUUGCUCACAAGGAUCAGUUACUGUUAUUUAGUGGAUUACAAUAUUUUCAUUUUUUACCCACAAAUUGUCAAGUGCAAAAUGAUUCAAAGUUUCUUAGCAUAAGCUACCUCAUCUCUUGAUGCUGGGAUGCAUAUACAAUAGUUGAAUUCUUGUUUGAUAUUAAAAGGUGCUAUGCUUUUGUUGUUCUUCAGAGAAGGGGGAGAGUCAGUAUACAUUUUGAUGGUGCUAAAUUCUUUUUGUAAAAACCUGAAUAAAUAAAAAUUGACAGCUGCCCAUAUAUUAUUUAUAAGUGGGCUUAGUGCGCUUUUUAAUGCAUACAAAACUCAACAUAACUAUAUAUAUAUAUAUAUAUAUAUAUAUAUAUAUAUUCAUCUUUGGCUGCUUAGCAGUGAUCAGUGACAAACACUGCAUUUAAAAGGAAGUAAACCAUUAGCAAUAACCAUGUAUAUUUGCAAAUAUUUUAUUUACUUCUUAUUUCUUGCUGCGUGUGGAAUAAAAAAAAAAAAAAGAAUAGAGAAAAAAAUACAGUCCACAAUUUAUUAAACUGUAGACAUAGCUUGGUGUCACUUUUAUUGUGGUAGGGUAGUGUUUAAAGCAGAUUGUGCUGGUUAUUUCUUUAAUGCAAUGUAAAUAGGCGCUUCGAAACAUAAAAGCAUAUGCCUCCCUUAUCUCGUUAGGCUGUUUUCAAACUGUGCCAUUUUCCAUGUUUUUGAUUCUGUUCUCCUGCUAUUUUACCGUGAAAUUUUAUUUACAGCAAUGUGCACAAUCUCUGUAAAAUACCACAAAUUUUUUUUUGCUGCAGUUGCUGCAAUUUAGCCCAAAUCAUUGGUAAAAUCAGCAACCUGUGAACACAGCCUUAUAAAUAAUACAUAAUGGUUGCAUUUGGUGUUUUAAAUUCAAACAUAUGAGUAGCAUUCAGGGAAAGUUUAGGUAAAAAUCAGCUUUGGGGUAAAUGCAAUAAGUAUUGAAUUGAGAUUUUUGUUUAAUAAAAUUUAAAGCAAUUUCAUAAUAGUUGAUGCACAUUGUUACUUUGCAAGGGACCCACACUUUAAAUCGGUUAAUCUGUCACAUUUAUUCACAAGGGACGUUUCCUUUUACUAUAUGACAAAAAUUAAAGGGGUAAUCCACCAUAUGGGGAUUUUCAUACGUACCUGGCAGGCAGUAAUGGACAUGCUUAGGAAGGAUCUGCGCUUGUCUUGGGGCUAAAUGGCUAUGUUGUGAGAUUACCAUAACACUGUGACUAGCUUUUUGUGAACUUGUAUUUCCUGACUUUUCUUUUUUUGACUACAAAUCCCACAAUUCCAUUUUCCUCCCUCUUACACAUCAGCCACCCCACCCAUUGAAACAUAAAUGAGCUGCAUCCAUUAAAA